AUGGGCGUCCAGUGGACCGAAGCGCAGCUUUACCACGAGGUGGCGGCACACUUGGACGGCGAAGCGCAGCGCUGGUUCGCGACGGUGAUGGAGACAGUCGUGCCGGGCGACGAGAACAUCGACACCUUGGCGUCCAUGCUGAGGGCGAAGUACAUGACGAGACCCACGACGCCGGAGGUCGUCGAUCUGCUCAACGCGUGUCGACAGAUGCGGGGUGAGAGGUUGCUGGAGUACGCGCAAUCGCUGCGCGAGAUUGCGGAGCAGGGCGACAUCAGCGAGGACUGGCUGGUGAGCGCGUUCCUGAAGGGCAUGAGCAGCCCGAUGGGUGCGACCCACGUGCGUGGACACCGCCCCAGGACGCUGGAUGAGGCGGUCAACUUGGCGAUCCCACACGUCGGCGACUACGGA